AGCGGUCAAUAGCGCAGUAAACGAAAGUUAAUUAUGAUUACGUGGUUUUGUGUUCAGGUCUAAUAAACUCUCCCUGAUGUUAGGUAAAGGUGAUUCACCAAUCAAAAAUCACAUCAAUUCAACAAGCAUCUCAGCUUACGAUGGUAAAAACGAAUGGAAGUGCGGUGGAAACACUAAACUAUUGCACAUCAGCAAUGACCUUAAAACUAUAAGAGAAAGGAAAAAGAAUAAAGUCAAAGCCAAUUUGAAAGAUUCUCGCUAUAAAAUAGGUUUGAAUUUAAACCGAACUCUAUGUCGUUUCAGUGGAUCAGUGUAUUAGAGAGGCAGGAUUCACGGUAGUUGAGAAUGAUGAUAUCAAUGACGCGUAAUGUGCAUAUUAAAUGUAACAUGCAGUUAAGAUAUUUAAUAUGGAGUGACAACUUUUUGCCUUUGGAGAGGAUCAUGAAAUUGAAGCCGUAUCAACGCGCCAAUCACUUUCCUGGUAUGAUUGAAAUAUGUCGAAAGGAUCUCCUUACCAAAAAUUUCUCAAGAAUGCAGAAGGCUGAACCAGAUGAAUAUAAUUUUAUGCCAAAUACAUGGAUCCUACCACAAGAAUUUGGAUAUUUUUCAAAUUAUGCAAGAAAAUUAUAUCGACAAGGGUGUAACGCAUGUUUUAUACAAAAACCAGCUAAUGGAGCUAUGGGACAUGGAAUUCGUUUAUAUUGUAAUAUGAAUAAAAUAUCAGCAAAUGUAAAUGAUUGCAUAAUAAGUGUUAUACAAGAAUAUAUUGAAUAUCCAUUACUUAUUGAUGGAUAUAAAUGUGAUCUAAGAGUUUAUGUUUUAGUGACAUCAUGUGAUCCGUUAAAAAUUUUCAUAUAUAAUGAAGGUUUAGUAAGAUUAAGCGCUGAGAAAUAUAUUAAACCAAGUGAACCAAAUGGAGAUUCAAUUUAUCGACAAUUAACUAAUUAUACUAUCAAUAAACAUCAUACACAAUAUAAUCGUUCUAAUGAUGAUAUAUCUGGUAGUAAACGUUCAUUUUCAUUCUUUAAUCAUUAUAUACAUCAAAUGAAAAAAUCUAAUCCAUUUAUUAUUUGGGAUAAAAUUUAUGAUUUAAUUAUUAAAACAUUAAUUAUAGCAUUACCACAUCUUGUACAUUUUUAUCGUAUUUCACAACAUAAAUCAAAUCAGAAUUACAUUCAUAGUAAUAAUAAUAAUAAUAAUAAUAAUAAUAAUAAUAAUAAUAAUAAUAAUAAUAAUAAUAAUAAUAAUAAUAAUAAUAAACACAGUCUAAAACAAUCUGGAUAUUAUAAAAGUAAACAAGAUUUAACAAUGAAUACUAAACAAUUCAUAUACAAUAAAGUUAAUCAUGAUCCUAAACAAACAUCUAUGACAACAUCAACAUUAAUGAUCAAAUCUAAAGUUGAUCAAGAUCCAACAUCAUCAUCAUCAUCCUCAUCAUUGAUUUGUUCAAAUUUAUUUGAAAUAUUAGGUUUUGAUAUAUUAAUUGAUGAACAAUUAAAUCCAUGGUUAAUUGAAGUGAAUCGUUCACCAAGUUUUAAUACAGAUCAACAAUUAGAUCAACAAAUUAAGUAUAAUUUAUUAACAGAUACAAUUCGUUUAUUAAAUAUUAAACCAUCAGAUAAAUCUCGUGUGGAAAAACAACAAAAAUUAACUACAAGAAAACGUUUAUAUAGUAGUCACUCUGUACAAACACGAAAUUGGAUGUAUAAAUCAAAUUCCAAUAUUCAAAAUGAUAAGAUUCAUAAAUAUUUCGACAAUAAUCGAUUGUCUACCAAAAAACAUGUAAACCAUGAAUUGUUUCGUCGUGACAAUGUCCAUUUAAAAACAAAUUACCAAUCACCUUUUGCAAAUCAUUCAGAUAUUGACUAUUUAAAACUGAUCAAUGAUCAAGAUCAAUUGGAGGAUAGAAAGCUUAGUUGGAAAAUUGAUCGUUUAAAACAACAAUUAUCUAAAAUACGUCAACAAUUAUCACUUGAAUUCUAUGAACAUCAUAAUUGUGGUAAUUGGCAUCGAAUAUUUCCAUCUGAUAAUUCAACAUUACAAACAAAAUAUGCAUCAUUAAUUAUGACAAGUUUUAAACAAUUUUUAUAUUCUAAUCAUAAUGAUAUAUUGAAUGAAAUAAAAACUACUUAUUUAAAUCCAAUAACUGAAGAUGAUAUUUAUGAUGAAUUGUCAAAAUUAAUAAAAAAGGAAUCAAAAUCGAAGCCUGGAAUAAAUGUUGAACAGUAUUUGACUGCAGUAUGGUCACAUUGUGUAGAUAACCGUGACACAAGUGAUAACAAUGAUUCUGAUGAUGAUAUAGAUUACGAUGGUAGCUUUGUUCAUACCAAUCAAAAUUCUACAAACCGAAUUCAUUUACCAAAUAAUUAUUUUAUUAAAUCAUCAAUGGAUAGAAAAAUGAAAAGUAUGUCAACAUUACCACCAUCAAAUCAUGUAUCUUUUAAUGAUGCUAAUUUAAAAGUAAACUCAACCCCAGUAUCUCCAUGUAAAUUCUUAUUAAAUGAAAAUUGUAAUGUAACGAAACAGAUGACAGAUAAGCUAUCACUUGGCAAGAAAUGCAAAUCAUUAGACAUUGAACGAAAUUUAAAACAUGCAAAUAAACGAAUACAAACUACUGAUUACGAUAAUAAUACUAUCUCUCCGGUAUCGUUUCCCCGUACUAAUCAAAAUGGUGGUCAUGACAAUACUCAACUCGUUGGCGACGACCAAGGUUCAAUGUGUUAUGUUGAUUCGACGAAUAAAUAUUUGUCUUGCACUACUGGAUCGGAUGAAAAGAGAGCAAGUAAUUCAAAGUCAAUAGCAAAUAUCAAAGUAGGUAAACAUGAAAUGAAUAUUCUAUUAGAUAUUAAUGAUAAAUUUAAUAAUUUACAUAAUUUAAAAUUAUCAUCUUCUAUAAACAAUAAUGAAUAUUUAAAUAAGAUAAUUCCUACUACUACUACUAAUACUACUAAUUAUCAAUUUAUACCAAAACAAAUAUGUUUUCUACCAAUUAUUCAUUGGAAUUAUUGUACAUUAAAUGAAAUUUUACCAUUAUUAUUAAAUAAAAAAUUAAAUGAAUCAAUAAUUAUUAAAGAACAAUUAAUGAAUUAUAUAAAACAAUAUGAAAAUAUGAUAAAAAAUCAAAUGACAUUAAUGAAUUAUUAUAUAUUUAUAAAUAUGUUAACAAAUGAAUUAUCUAUUCAAAUAAUUUAUACAAAUAAAUUAGAUCAAUUUAAUUUGAAUAUAAUAGAUAAACAAAAUUUAUUAUAUUAUUAUAAUAUACAAUGUUUUAAUAAUAAAAAAAUAAUUUUAUAUAAACAUGAUGAAUUAAUACAAACAAUCAUGAAGAAUUGUUUAAAUUCAAUGAAUUUAAUGAAAAUUAAAAUUAAAUUAAAAGGUGAUUAUUUGCUCAAUGAAGAUAUCAGUAAACAAUUUGAAAACGGUUUAAUGAAUAAAUUUAUUCGUGGUUUACGAAUAACACGUUUAUUAAAUCGAAUCAAAAAUCGACUAUUAAUAAAUCAUGGUCAUUUAUUUCAAAGUAUAAUUCAAAUGAUACCUAAUGUACCAGUAAUGAAUGAAACAAUAAUGGAUAUGCCCAUGAAACAUUUAAUUACGGAACCAUUAUUAAAUGUUGAAGAAUUAUGCUGUAAACAUUUUCUUAGACUUUGUAUAGAAUCUUUUAUUUUAGAUCAUUUGAAAUAUUUAGAUGAAUUAAUCAAAACUACUGACAAUAAUGAUGAUAGUAUACAUUUCAAAAAGAUUACUUAAAACGUAUAUUUAUACAUAAACAAUAUUUUUUGUCAUAUUCUACUGUUGUCCUAUUCAAAUACAGAUACACACAUGUCACCUGUAGAUUGAGCCCCACACCUGCCAUGCAAGGGCGAGAAAACUGAUAAAUAACAGAUAAGAGCUGAGAUUGGCUCACCAAAUAAUUAAAUAUACAAAUUAUUAGCACUUUUAUACAACUGUUCUUUUGUCCCAGACAAAGAUAAGAUAUAUUCAAGAC